UUGUAUUUUAUUUGGUCGGUACCUAGUGAACUUAAUAUUCUGUAUUUUGUCAUAUGGUUCCCUGACAGGUUCAAUAAGAACGGCAUCGAUCUGAACAGGAACUUCCCCGAUGCCUUCUCUAAGAAGGAGAGUGGAAUGAGAGAGAUGGAGGUGAGAGCCAUUAUGGACUGGCUGAAGACUGAGAGCUUCGUCCUGUCGGCCAACCUGCACGGUGGCGCUGUGGUGGCCAGCUACCCUUACGACAACAGCAACGGAGGUAGUGAGCUGCAGAGUGGAUCCAGUGUUGCCCCCGACAACGACGUGUUGAUCCAGCUGGCUAAGACCUACUCCUACACCCACAGCCAGAUGCACAAGGGAGACCACUGUUACGACUCCAAGGACUUUAAGGAGGGCAUCACCAACGGCUACUACUGGUACCCUCUACCAGGAGGGAUGCAGGACUAUAACUACGUGUGGGGCCAGUGUCUAGAGAUCACCUUGGAGCUGUCCUGUUGUAAAUUCCCUCCAGAGAGUGAUCUGCCUGGGCUCUGGGACGCCAACCGGGCCGCGCUGCUGGCAUACAUGCAACAGGUCCAUCUGGGUGUGAAAGGGCAGGUGUUGGACGCGGAGGGAAACCCAUCGCAGAAUGCUCUGGUGGAGGUGGAGGGGAGACAGAACCUCUGUCCCUUCAGAACCGACCGCCAUGGAGAAUACUACAGACUGCUGCUGCCAGGCAACUACACCUUUAGGGUGACGUUCCCGGGCCACCAGGUGUUGACGGAGACGUUAACGGUCCCGUACGGUCCCGACUCAUUCUCGGCCCUCGUCCACAACUUCCAGCUGCAGAGGUCCGCAGCCGCCACCCCUGGUCCCAGCCGCCCCACCCAGUCCUGCACCCCACCCCAGGUCUGGAGGCCCCUGGGUGGCCACUCUCCCAGCCUGGGCCCCUCGGGCGUCACCAUCCUCCUGGUUCUCCUGGUUCUCCGGGAUACCAUGUUACUGUGACCGAGAGACGGGCCACGUCCCAAAUGGAACCUGUUUCCUGUGUAGUGUAGGACUCUGGUCGAAAGUAGUGCACUAUAUAGGGGAUAGGAUGCCAUUUGGGACGUAUCCAUGGAGACGGACAGACAGACUGACUGAGAUGGGAUCUCCCAGUCCAGAGACAUUCUCUUUUUUUUUCUCAGUAUUUUUGUACAAACAAAGAAAAUCCUAUAUAUAUUUUCUUGUAACACUUUGCAUUGCUCUACCUUGCACAAACACGUGAGCCAUUUUGUGUUUUAGAAAAUUGUAUGUUUGUAUUGAUGCUUUUUAGUUUUUUUAAAAUAUUGUGCUGAAAGAAAGCAAUCUGCCAUGCCAGCAAUCUGCCAUGCCAGCAAUCUGCCAUGCCAGCAAUCUGCCAUGCCAGCAAUCUGCCAGCCAGCAAUCUGCCAUGCCAGCAAUCUGCCAGCCAGCAAUCUGCCAGCCAGCAAUCUGCCAUGCCAGCAAUCUGCCAUGCCAGCAAUCUGCCAUGCCAGCAAUCUGCCAUGCCAGCAAUCUGCCAUGCCAGCAAUCUGCCAUGCCAAGCUGAGAAGAAGAGACUAAAGUCAA